AUGGCAGCAAAGAAAGCUUUAAUCGCUAUCUCAUCUUACAACGAUGUCUUCUACAGCGACGGAGCUAAAACAGGCGUUUUCGUCGUCGAGGCAAUGCAUCCUUACGAUGCUUUUACGGAAAAGGGCAUUGAAGUCGAUUUCGUGUCCGAGUCGGGUACUUUCGGCUACGACGAGCAUUCUCUAGCUUCUGACUUCCUCAACGGUAAGGAUUUGAAGGCGUACGAGGACAAAUCGUCCGGUUUUUGCAAAGGUAUCAAUAGUGUCAAGAAGCCAAAUGAGGUCAAUGCCGAAGACUACUCUAUCUUCUUUGCAUCUGCUGGCCAUGCUACCUUGUUCGACUACCCGACUGCCAAGGGUUUGCAGGAUUUGGCUUCCAAGAUCUAUCAGAACGGAGGCGUCGUUGCAGCCGUUUGCCACGGUCCAGCGAUCUUUGAAAACUUGAAAGACUUGGACACUGGCAAGUACCUCAUCGAAGGGAAGGUUAUUACAGGCUUCACGAAUAUCGGAGAGGUGAUGUUAAAAGUUGAUGACAUCAUGAGGCAAAAGAGUCUCAAGAGUGUUGAGGACAUCGCCAAAUUGCGUGGCGCCAAAUAUCUCGCUCCCAUCGGCCCAUGGGAUGACUACUCGAUUACUGAUGGCCGUCUCGUCACUGGUGUAAACCCAGCAUCUGCGCACUCGACUGCUGUUAGAGCCAUGGAGGCUGUUAAAGGUUUCCAGGUUUAG